AUGUUCAUGUCUAAUAAUGCCUGCUUGGUACCUACCUCUUUUCGGCUUACCGGCAUCCCAGGACUGGAGUCCCUGCACCUCUGGCUCUCCAUCCCCUUCAGCUCUAUGUACCUGCUGGCUGUGGUGGGGAACGUGACCAUCCUGGCCGUGGUGAAGGUGGAGCGUGGCCUGCACCAGCCCAUGUACUUUUUCCUGUGCAUGCUGGCUGUCAGCGACUUGGUCCUGUCAACCUCUACCAUGCCCAAACUGCUAGCCAUCUUCUGGUUUGGUGCCCGCCGCAUUGACCUGGAGGCUUGCUUGGCCCAGAUGUUCUUUAUCCACUGCUUUGCGACUGUUGCGUCAGGCAUCUUCCUUGCCAUGGCUUUUGAUCGCUAUGUGGCCAUCUGUGAGCCACUCCACCACGCCUCGGUGCUCACCCGUGCAAUGGUGGGACGUUUGGGCCUGGCUGCCCUCCUCCGGGGGGUACUCUACAUUGGACCCCUUCCUCUGAUGAUCCGCCUGAGGCUGCCCCUUUACCGGGCCCAAAUCAUUGCCCACUCCUACUGUGAGCACAUGGCUGUGGUCACCUUGGCAUGUGGUGACACAACCAUCAACAACUUAUACGGGAUGGGAAUUGGCUUUCUGGUCUUGAUCCUGGAUUCCCUAGCCAUCUCCACCUCCUAUGUGAUGAUUUUUAGGGCAGUAAUGAGGCUGUCCACCCCUGAGGCCAGGCUCAAAACCCUAGGGACAUGCAGUUCUCACAUCUGUGCUAUUCUCGUCUUCUACAUCCCCAUUGCCGUCUCCUCUCUCGCUCACCGCUUUGGCCAUCACAUGCCUCCCCAUGUCCAUAUCCUUUUGGCCAACUUUUACCUCCUCAUCCCACCCAUCCUCAACCCAGUGGUCUACGCUGUCCGCACCAGACAAAUUCGAGAGAGACUUCUCCACAUUCUUAAGGCAGGGUCUCAACCCAGGUGA